AUGGAUGAAAGCCAGGUUGAAAGGAAGAAAUCUUAUAGGUGGGUGAGUGCUUCUCAAGCUACGUAUGAUGGUGCUGGAUGGGAUAGUAGUAGUGAAAGUGAGACAGAAACAAGGUCACAACCGAAACUUGGAAAAUUAGAUGAAAGUCUGCCAUCUCUACCUAAACUAAACUAUGAUAAUACAGAUGUAAGCCAAUACAAAGAAGAAGAUGAUGAAGACACAGACAACCGCACUGAGAAGGCUGGCGAAAUAGGAGCUGGCACACUACAUUCCAAUAGUGAGAUCCAGAAUGAUGUAAUAGUCGAAGAUGACCCUGUAAUAAAACAGACACCUGACAUGAUAGAUAAAGAUACCCUUUUAACUAGUCCAACGGCGCACAAGGAGUCCAGUCCAUCCCCUAACGGGUCGAGACAUACUUUCUCUAGGCGGCCCCUACCAAAUAGAGCAGUAAAUGAACAUUUAGAUGAUUUGAUGCUUGAGAUUUCAAAAGAAUUGACACCCAAACCUGAACAAGAGGCAGUAUUUGGAAACCAUUCUCCACGGAAAGAUAUUGAUUCUGAUUUACCUAACGGGAAGGAAGAUCAGAAACUAAAUGGUAGUAGGUUAGGUCUUUUAAAUGAAUCAAUUGAUAAUGAAUCAGAUAUGCCAAGUGUUGAUGAGACGAGAAGUAAGGACGUUGAUGAAAAUGGAGAAAAAGAUAGAGAAGAUAGAUUUGACUACUAUGAUGACGAUAGUGAGUUUUCAAUUGAUAGUGAAAUUAAGCAGGCUCAAAAGGCGUCAUUAGAGGAACUGCAAUCAGAAUUUGACUCCGAUCCACAGACCUCAAAUAUUGCCAAAAGUUUAGAGGGCAUGAAUUUGGAACAUGACGCUGAAGAAGAAUCGGUCAAAACUAACAGAGACUCCAACGUCUCUGAUCUGCAAAAAGAUCAAAGAGAAAUUAAUGAAUCAAAUAUAGAAAACUCAGACAAUGACUCUCUAGAACUACCAUUGACAGAGAGUUCAAGUGAUGAGUUAGAAAGCGCUGAUCAUGGAGAUGCGUUGUCUUUUACAGAAUCUAUUCAAUAUGACCAAUCAGAUGGAGAUUCAGAGCCUAAUCAAGGUGAUGACGCAAGUCUAGUUAGUAACAGAGUGCAGCAAAACAAUGUGAAUACUGAUGCAGAAAGUGCGGACGAUAUUGCGAAAGAUAAAAUGGACGACCAUGCUUCUGGAAUGGAUUUUGAAGAGGAUGAAGUCCUAAAUUCAACAUUGACCGAUGGUGAUGUACAUGUGCAUAAGUCUGGAUACUUCAAAAAACUUGUGGCUGAAGAGUUAGGAGACAAAAAAUUAGAUGAUGGUAAAUCUUUGAAUAAUGUAGCAAGCACUCAAACCGCAUCCACUGAAGAUAAGGUCGCUUCUGACACAGAAGAUGUUCAAGAAAGUAAGGCCGACAAUGAUGAUACUAAAAAUGAUGCACAUGUUAGCUCAAAUAGAAGUUCAGUGACAUCUGAGGAAUGGAGGCCUGACACAGAUGCCUUAAGGGAUGGGUUCAUGCAGAAAACUGGGGAUAACCCCCCACCAGGUUUUGUACGCGAUGAAAAAGGUGAAUUAGUAGAUUUGACGCCUGCUAGCAUGAAACCAAGAGUCGUGUCUACUUAUUCUGAAAUUGAGAGUACGUGGAAUGCGUUUCCAUCUGAAGACGCUGAUGAUUUGGAAACGAUAAGAGAUACCAAGACAUUGUAUGAUAAUAGUACGCUAUAUAAUGUUCCUGGUAUUAUGACGAAUAAUGACGCUUUACCGCCACUUCCUGAAGAUGCGUCUUUAUAUAGGGAUAGCAAUCAAAGUGAUGCAGUUGGCAGCCAAGAUAGGGCAAGAGCAGCAUCUGUUACUAGGAAGGUAUCCAAAGAAGGAGUUAACAUUGCUCAACCAACUAGUCAAGAGAUUAAUAAACUAUCUGAACAGAAUACUAUGCCUACUCGUGAUCUAAACAAAAUAAUAUCGAGUAAUUCAACACAUGCCAUAAAGUUGGAAAAUUUGAGGGACUACCGAAACACAUUGGAUAAUUUCGAUUCAGGAUUGCAAACUUGGAUUGCAUAUACAUUAAAGUCCUCUUCAAAAACAGAUCGUGAUUUUAUAUUCCAGGAAUACAAAAGCAACAGCCAUGUCAGAGAGGCGUAUGCAAAUGCAGAUGAUUUGAGUAGAAAGAAUACUGUCAUAAAUACUGUGACAAAUGUUAAUCAAAAUGUCAACCAUCUACGUAAGAAGGUGCUACAGCAUUCUCUGAAACCAAAAACUCUUUUCUCCUCUAUAAGUAAGAAGAAGUUAUAG